CAGUGGUAACUGGUAAUGGCACGGGGUGGGAAACAACGCAUUACUCGUAGCCAUGAUGAGUACUUGUCUGAGGACCAUAUUGGAGAGAAAAGUCCCCAAAAAAUGUUGCAUCAUCUGAACAAAACAUAAGUAAUAAAGAAGACCAUUUAGAUAGCAGAAGCGAUAAUGAGUCCCAAGACAUAACUAUGUCAAAUAACAUAAAUGGAGAGGACCAACUUGAUGGCGCUGAUGAGGUUAAAGAGGUUAAAAGGCGUGGGAAGACAAAACUUAUUAAUGUUUGGAACAUUCCAAGAGGCCAUAGGGUUGUAGUUAACUGUAAUGAGCUGAAUCAGCCUAUCGGAGAAGAGGCAGGAGUCCUUGCAAAAUUCCUUGGCAUGGUUGCUAGGAAUGGCUCCUUGUGUAGCUUAAGCUUCAAGGAUUGGAGACUACUUAUAGGAAAGAAAGAUAGGAACCAUAAACAAAUCAAUAAGGAGGCCAUUCUUAAUCAAGUAAAGAAGAGAUUUCUUUACCCUGCCCGCAUGGAAACAUGGGUGCUGCGAACAAUUGGAGAGCGAUGGAGGCAACACAAGUCCAAUUUGAAAUCCAUUUAUUUUGACCCACAUAAGAGUCAGGAUGCUAAUAAUAGUAAUGCUCCUGAUGGUGUAUUAGCUGAUCAGUGGGUUGCGCUUGUCAAUAAUUGGAUGACCCCUAAAGCACAGGAUUUAAGUGAGGCCAAUAGGAUAAAUUGUACAAGAAGAAAGUCAAUGCAUACAUCUGGAACAAAAAGCUUUGCUCGGAAUAGAGAAGAAUUGGUAUUAUUUUUGCAAUUAUAAUUCACAGCAUGUUCUUUACAAAUGUCAAAAAUCCAUGUUAAU